ACUUCUCCUCCUCCUCCUCCCCUCUCUCUCUCUCUCUCUCUCUCUCUUCGCUCGCGUGCCCACCUCAAUCUUCUCCUCUUCAUAACUUCUACCUCUCCUCCCCCUUUCUCCAUCCUCCCUCUAUCUCUUACCGCCUAGGCCUUGCGUUCGGAUCCGGAGGCGGCGGCUUCCGGCGGGAUCCGGCGCCACCGCGACGGAAAUAGCGGAAAGGAGGGUUCUUUCGGAGUGGGAGUUGCCGAUUUGUGAGUGAUUAUUUCCGGAUUCGGUCUUCCAGGUGGAAAAGGGCAGCUUUUUUUUUCGCUUCUUUCAGCUUUCCGAAUUCGAUUACCGAUUCUUGGUGGUGGUGUUGCUUUUCCCAGUGCGAUGGCGGGAAGCAACGAGGUGAACGCCAGCGAGUCGAAGAUGGUGGUUCCCCUCCACACUUGGGUUCUAAUCUCCAACUUCAAGCUGGCCUACAACAUGCUCCGCCGCCCGGACGGCACCUUCGACCGCCACCUCGCUGAAUUCCUCGACCGCAAGGUCCCCGCCAACGCCUCCCCAGUCAACGGCGUCGUCUCCUUCGACCUCCUCAUCGACCGCACCAACAACCUCCUCUCCCGCAUCUACCGCCCUGCCCCCCCAAACCACCCCUCUCCUGCAGCUACUCCCCUCGCCGAUCUUCACCGCUCUCCCUCGCCGGACCCGUUCCCGGUGAUCAUCUUCUACCACGGAGGCAGCUUCGCCCACUCUUCUUCCAACACUGCUAUCUACGACUCUCUCUGCCGCCGCUUCGUUUCCCUCUGUGGCGCUGUUGUUAUUUCGGUCGAUUACCGUCGGUCACCGGAGCACCGCUACCCCUGUGCUUACGACGAUGGAUGGGCAGCCCUCGAGUGGGCUUCCACUCAACCAUGGCUCCACAGCGGCAAGGAUUCUAAGCUUCGGGUCUUCCUCUGCGGUGACAGCUCCGGAGGCAACAUUGCCCACCAUGUAGCUGUGAGAGCCGCAGAGUCGGGGGUCGAAGUCUCCGGGAACAUCCUCCUCAACCCCAUGUUCGGCGGCAAUCGCCGAACUGAGUCGGAGGUGAGACUGGACGGGAAGUACUUUGUCACCAUUCAGGACAGAGACUGGUACUGGAAGGCAUAUCUCCCAGAGGGAGCCGACAAGGACCACCCAGCUUGCAACCCUUUCGGCCCCAACGGUGCGAGGCUCGAAGAGCUUCCCUUCACAAAGAGCCUCGUCAUAGUCGCCGGAUUGGACCUCGUUCAGGACUGGCAACUAGCCUACGCCGAGGGCUUGAAGAAAGCUCACAAGGACGUGAAGCUCGUCUACCGCGAUCAGGCCACCAUUGGGUUCUACCUGUUGCCAAACACUGACCAUUUCUAUGAAGUAAUGGAGGAGAUCAAGAACUUCGUCACUUCUAACCUAUAGUCCUUAUGCUGCAUAAUCACACCUUACCUCGCAUACAUCUAAAGCUCAAAACUGCACAGAAGCUGGAGUGGGCAUCGCAGUGACUUAUGCAGCUGCUUUGGUUGCUAUAUUUUUGCUGCUUUCUUGUUUGGUUCUGUUGUUGCCUGGUGUCAAAGAAUUCACAUUUCAUGGAACUUCCUCUCAUUUCUGUUCUAUUGAACAUUGAAUUAUAGGUGACUUGGUCGAAGGAGGAAGUGCCUCUCUAGUUCAUGGUACUAACUUUAUAUGUUACUUGGUUAGAUGGGGUUGCCUUGCCAAAGACUGGCUAAUCUUGUAAUAGAUGCAAUAAUAUGAAAAAUAAUCCACCUUUUAUCUAAAUAUUCCUGCUUGGUAACUCUCA